AACUAGAAUCACACAUUGCCAACAUCUACAAAAUCCUCAACGACGAAAAUACACGAUACAAAGAUGCAAAAGAAAUCGCAAAAGAAAUAAAUAAAUUCAUAAAAGACAAUAAUCACGAUCCGGACAAGAUUUUCAACUGGUUUUUUUCUGAUGAUGAACAACAGCACCAAAAUAUUAAUCCCGAAUAUUAUUUCUUGAUUGGGUUUUUGUGUGAAUGGGGAAUUGGGACUGCGUCGUCGAUGAAAGAUUCUUUUUAUUGGUAUCAUUUGGCGGCGGAAUGUAUUAAAGAUGAUCCGGUUGUGUAUAAUCAGGUUGGUUAUUGCUAUAGUAAAGGAUUUGGCGUGCGACAAAACCAUGAAUUGGCAUUUCUGUAUUUUCAAAAGUCAGCUGAGUUAAGAUAUGCGCCAGGACAAAAAAAUCUUGCAAAUUGUUAUGCUAAUGGACUAGGUACCAAAACAGAUCUUCAAAAAUCACUUCAACUUUACCAAGAAUCCGCACAAGCGGCAUACUAUCAAAGUGCAUUGACUCUCGCUCGAUAUCUCAGUGCUGACACCGAAUCACAAGAAAACCAGGAAAAGUCAUUCGAUUGGAUACGAAUCGCCGCUUAUGAUUCCUACCCGCCUGCACAAACAGAACUAGGUUUAUAUUAUCUUAAAAGUUCGAAUAAGGUUAAAGAAGCGGCAACCUGGUUCAAACUAGCCGCCGAAAAUGGAGAGCCAUGUGGACAAGUGCUAUACGCACGAUUCACACGGGACUCAACGGAAAAAUUCACUUAUUUUAAGAAGGCAGCUGGAACGGGAAAUAUGGAAGGACUCGUCAAGUUAGGUGACUGUUAUCGUAUGGGCAUCGGAACACGAAUAAAUUUGUUUAAAGCAAUGCGGUGUUUUCUUAAAGUCGCUGAGAAAAAUGGAAAUGAUUUCGAUACGUAUGUUACGUUGGCAUAUCAUUUUUCUCUUGGUAUGGGGUGUCCAAAAGAUUUGCAUAAGACUAUUCGAUAUUACCAUAAGAAUCCAGUGAAUAUAAUGAAUCACCUUGAAAGAUUGUUUUAG